GCUUUGAGUAUUUAAACUCUCUUGGAGUUGGCCGAAUGCCCUAGAGUUCUCAUUCUCUCCAUGUUUGCAUGCUCCUGAACUUCAAAGUACCAUAGUUGUUUGCUCGCCUUUCGUGUCCUUUAACACGCAGUUGACCGGCCGUUACCUUGAGCGUUUCCCGCGUUGGUGUAACAUAUGAAUCCCAGCAAACCCCCAUAUCUGUUUUCCUACUCCAAGUCUUGAAAUCCCCGACCCAUUCUCUGUGUUCUGAGGAAUUCAACAUGGCGAACGAAUUCCCCAAGCAGGAGAUCAAUAUCAAAGAUCUGCCCACCAAGGCAGUCACCCUCUACCCCUCUCGAGCUCACGUUGUUCGAGACAUCAACGACCUGGUCCUCAAACCCGGACCGAACGAAAUCGAGUUCUAUGGUCUGACCCCCACGGCCGAUGAGCACUCUAUCCAGAUCGAUGGACGUGGCUCGGCCACCAUUGUUGACAUGACGGUUGAAUUGGUGCCGAAUCGCGAAAUCUUCGAAGAAGUCUACCCCGAGGAAGAUGCUUCUGAUGAGGAGGACAAUUUCUACGAGUAUGCUGACAGCGAUGACGAACCUGAGGAAGUUCGUGCCAUUGCUGCAGAAAUCAAGACCGUCCAAUCCCUUAUCAAGGAUAAGACGGAGGUCCAGAUUUCAGCUACUCAUCGGCUAGAUGCUCUAGACGCGUACAUUAAAAGAGUAAAUCCCAGAGACCAAUCGCCGGAGGCAAUCAGUACUACCAUGCAAAUGUAUUCCGCAGAACGUGCAUCCGUGUACGUGUCUCGCGAGAGGGCGUCGGACGAACUUACAACACUCCACAAACAGCUUGCUCGCAAGGAGAACGAAAAGUCCAAGGCCGGCAAAGCCGAGCGGAAGCGAAAGAAAAAGGUUGAGAACGAGAAACGGAAGGAGCAGGACCUGCUGUUUAGGAAGCGGGUCGAGAAGCGCAAGGAAGCGGCACGCAUCAAGGAGGAGAGACUCAAGUUUUGGCCGAAGAGCGUUUAUCGUGUCGUCGUGACGCUGGAGACUUCUAUCGACACGCCAAAUUCCAGCCGCCGGAACUCUUUUGACUCCGUCACCAUCGCGCAAGGCCAGAUCCCUGAGUCGGUCGGGAAAUCCAAUGACAAGACGAUUUACUCGUCCAGCAAAGACUCCAUGGUCUCUUUGUCCCUGUCUUAUGUCACCCAUGAGGCAAGCUGGUCCCCAGUAUACGACAUCUCCAUUUCUUCCGUUACUAAGUCUGCGACUAUUGUCUACCGUGCCGAGUUUGCUAAUUGCAGCUCUGAAACCUGGAAGGAUGCCAAGGUCGUCCUGUCCACCUCUCAGACUUCAUAUCAGGGUCUUAGCGACAAAGUUCCCCACAUGCACCCAUGGCGAGUUCGCAUCGGCAAAGGUUACGCGGACCCCAACAGCGGGCUUCUCAGUUUGGCGGAACGGAACAGGCUCAAUAAUGCCAAUACCUCCAUUGCGAAAACUCUCAAUCGCAGCGAACUGUUUGGUAGAGAUGGCGGCUCGAUGCGCAACGUCAAGAAUAAGAGGCUUAUUCUGAUGGAUCAGACACAAGAAUGGUCCAAACAAACUGUCCCGGCUUACCAGACCCAGGCGGCCUCUCAGCUGCCUUUGAGUUCCAGAGGGGGCUUUGGCAAUACGGGUGGCCUGGAUGGCUUUCGUAACGUUGAGGAAGCUAGCGACGGCUUUCAGCGUAGUAGGCAGACACCGGUACAACCAGGCGCAGUACACUCUGGCAUUGAACGGGUCCUGGCACGCGGCGAACACCUCAAUUCAGCCCCAUCGGCAUUCAAUGCGCGUGGAAUUGACCGGUGCAUAGCCGUCGGCAGCGACAACGGUCCAUCCAUCGAGUUCGAAGAAUCCAACUGGGCCGACCACGGCCUCACCGCCACCUACGACAUGCCCGGAACCCGCACCCUCGCGCCCAGCAGCGUCAUGCGGCGCCACAAGAUCGCCUCACUCAUCUCGCCGCACAUCGUGCUCUCCCAUAUCGCCGUCCCGAAGCUGCGCGCCGCCGCGUUCCUCCGCGCGAAGCUCAAGAACCCGAGCCAGACGGUCACGUUGCUGCGCGGCACCGCGGGCAUCACGCUCGACGGGACGUUCCUCGGGAACAUGUCGCUGCCGCGGGUGGCGGCAGGGCAGACGUUUGAGCUGCCACUGGGGGUGGACCCCGGGGUGCAGGUGAACUAUCCAAAGCCGACGGUGCGGCGGGCGACGCAGGGGAUCUUCUCGAAGGAGAGCAGCGAGACUUUCGUUCGCAGCAUCUGGGUCACGAACACGAAGGCGAUACCGAUCAAUCUGUUGGUGUUAGAUCAGGUGCCAGUGAGCGAGGAUGAGAAGCUGCGGAUUGAGGUGUUGACUCCGAGGGAACUGGGCAGGGAGGGCGAUUCGGUGAGGACUGGUUGGUCAGCGAAAGAGGGAGUGGCGGGAGGGAGUGGGAGCGCCUCAGGUGGGACAGUUAAGGGCGGCGAGGAGAAAUGGGGAAAAGCCGUGGCGUCGGUCAAGAAGGAGGGCGAGGUCUCUUGGGCGGUGGACUUGGAGAAGGGACUGGCGUGUCUGCUGAAGUUGGAAUAUGAGGCCCGAUUGCCUAGCAACGAGAGGAUUGUAUCUGCGUAAGCUGGACAUUGAAGAGAUCAAGCCGGCGAUUAGAACUUAUUCACAUUGGUGCGUGUCGGUAGAUAUGAUGAUCACUUGGAAUUAUGGCAAGAGGAUCUGAUAGGGGAUGUUCCGGAAAACAUGCUACAAACAUGAUACUCGUUCCUACUUUGAGGAUCAUUUCCCUCCCUUUGAAAUCCCCACAAAAACAGCAUAUGAGAUGCAAGUACAACUUUAACAAUGGUAGUCGUCAGCAUAGAUACCCUGAGUUAACCGCUCCGCUUGAAGAGCAAACAACCAAUUUGUCAGGUAUAAUGUAUCAAAAUCGAUCCCUUGGUUUUUCAGCCGUCAUGUCGUGACAUCGUAGACACCAUUCAUAUCGUGAGAUCCAGCUCCUCAACUCGUGCGAAUACCAUGAAACGUUUCAUAAAAACUCCUCGCAUCUGCCCCCAUUGUCAG